AUGAAAACUACAAAAGAGAAAAGAGCAUCAAUAGCUUGCAAUACUUGUCGAGAAUCGAAACUAAGGUGUAUUAAUAAUUGUGAUCAAUCUUCAUGUCAACGAUGUUCAACAUUAAAUUUACCAUGUACAUAUACUUUAAAAACAAGUCAAUUAAAGAAAAGAAAACUAACAAAAAUGUUUAAACCCACUAUUACAAAUCUAGAAAUCAAUACGGUGAUACUACCAGACAAGAAAUUAAUUAUUGAAGUUGUUGAAAUUUUUUUUGAAAAUCAAUAUAAAGGAAUAUUUCCAUUAUUUCAUAAACCAACAUUCAUUACAUUUUUAAAAAGUGAUUCAUUCAAUCCUACAACCUUCAUAAAUACAAAAGAAGGUAAAGAUUUUAUAAUCCCUACUCCAGUCACAUUAUUAGCUAUAUUGGCUCUUUGUUCAAGAUUACAUUCUGAAUUGCCUAAAAUUUAUGGAAAUUUUGAUGAAUUAAGGCCUAAUGACUUCUUUCCACAUUUCACUCAAGUUAUAAAUUUGGAUUCUGCUGCUAAUUCAAGUAAAUAUUUUGGAUUUCAUUGUAAACGAUUAAUUGGAAUGGAAUUUGAUAAUCCUACAAUUUCAAAUAUUCAAGCAUUAUGUAUUUUGAGUAGUCAUGAAUGGGGUGAAGGUAAUGCUACUAAAAGUUAUAUGUAUAGUGGUAUAGCAGCUAGAAUGGCAUUUAUAUUAGGAUUAAAUAAAGAACCUAAAAUUGAAAUUGAAUAUGACAAUUUUCAAAAUUGUUUGAGAAUGGAAAGUAAAAGACGAGCAAUAUGGUCUGUUUAUAUGAUGGAUCGAUGUAAUGCAAGUGGGAGAAAGAGUAAUUCAGUUAUAAAUUUAGAUGAUAUACAUGUGAAUUUACCUUGUAGUGAAAAGGAAUUUUUAUUUGGAAAUAUGAAUAAAUUGAAAACUCGAGAUGAAGUUGCUCAAUUAAUAGAUGAUUCAGACAUUGAUGAAUUGAAUUAUGUUUCAUGUAAUGGGUUUUUAAUUACACUAUUUGAAACAUGGAGGGAAAUUUCAAAAUGGGUAGGUGAAACAGGAGGCAAAUUGGAAAAAUUACCACCAUGGGAUACAAAUUCUCCAUAUUACAAAUUUUCAAAAACAUUAGACAAUUUUGAAUUAAACCUACCUAAUCAUUUGAAAUUUGAUCAAUUCAAUAUUCAAGCUCAUAUUGCUGAUAAUUCAGCUGCAGAUUUUGCUUAUUUUCAUGGUUUAUUCUUUUUAUGUAAAAUAUUCCUUAAUAGAGAAUAUUUUUAUCUGAGUCCAACUAGUUCACCUAAAAAUUGGUGGUUUGAACAAUCAAAUGAAUUAUUUGAGUUACUUGAUAAAUUAGAUUCAAUUACAAAAAUUUUAAAACCAAUGAAUUUAAUGGUUAUUGCACCAUUUACAGGAUUCCAAGUUUUUACUACAAGUGCAACUGCUUAUUAUGUAAGUGCAUAUCCAUCAAAGAUACUAAAAAGGCAAUUUCCAAAUCAAAAUUUAAAUAAAAAAUAUCUUAAAAUGGGUGAUGAUUCAUUAGAAACUUUGAAAAGUUGGCUGAAAUCAUGGGGACUAGGUAAAAAUUGGAUUGAGACAUUAAAAGGUUUGAAAGAAGUAUUUGGUAAAGUUUCAAAUUUAGAUGAUGAUUUAAGACAUAAAAUGCAUGAUUAUGGAAAUAUUGAUCAAACAAUGCAAAUUAAAAAUUUAAUAACAAUUGAUGAAGGUCCAGUUUUGGAUUUCAUGAAUAAUUUGAAUUUAUCUGGUAUAUUUCCUGAUUGGAAUAAUGCAAUGAAUAUUCAAUUAUAG